AAAAAUGAAAUUUUUAUCAAGUUUAUUAAGUUUAUUAGUAUUAAUUAUUGUUGUUACAGCAAAAGUUCCAACUCACCGUAAUGAUUUAACUGCAUCAGAACAAGUCCAGUUAGACCUCUACCCAACCGGCUCAUGGAUAGAUUCUAAAUAUGACAAUCAAAAAUUUACCCAAUAUGAAGGUGUUAUCCAUAACAAUUCUCCUUUCACAUUAACUGAAGUUAACAUCAAUAUAUUAAAUCCAAAUGGUUUACAUUUAAGAGAUGAUACAAUAUGGAAUAUGAAUUGGAGAAACAGCUAUCCACCACACAACCAAUUUUAUCUUCCUCCAGGAGAAUCUAUUUACCAAAAUAAUGUUUAUAAAUUUACUUUUAUAGUUCAAGGUAAUGGAUAUCCACAAUUAGAAUUGGGAUCUGUCAAAUAUUCAUAAAUAAAAAUUUGUUUUUAAUUUAUAGUC